GGCGUCACGUGGUGCCACAAGAGCUCUCGGGAUAGCCUGGGUAGCUUCACUCAGUGGGAAAGGCGGCCAACAUGACAACUGCAGCAAGGCCGACGUUCGAGCCGGCGCGUGGUGGCCGGGGGAAGGGUGAGGGCGACCUCAGUGCCCUGUCCAAGCAGUACUCGAGUCGGGACCUCCCAGGGCACACCAAGAUCAAAUACAGGCAGCCCACCCAGGAUGCUCCAGAGGAGGUGCGUGGCCGUGACUUCCGCCGCGAGUUGGAGGAGAGGGAACGCGCUGCUGUCCGUGAGAAGACCAGGGAGAGGGGACCUCGUGAGCACACCACAUCUUCCUCAUCCUCUUCAAAGAGGCCUCGCCUGGACCAGAUUCCUGCAGCAAACUUGGAUGCUGAUGACCCGCUCACUGACGAUGAUGAGGAUGAUGAUUCUGAGGAGGACAGUGAUGACGAUGAUACUGCCGCUCUGUUGGCUGAACUGGAGAAAAUAAAGAAGGAGCGUGCUGAGGAGCAAGAGCGUAAGGAGCGGGAACAGAAGGCGGAGGAGGAGCGAAUCCGCAUGGAGAACAUUCUGAGUGGGAACCCUCUUCUCAACUUGGGGGGACAGCAGCAGAUAGGACAGGUCCAGACCAGCUUCAGCGUGAAGAGGAGGUGGGAUGACGAUGUGGUAUUUAAGAACUGCGCUAAGGGUGUGGAUGACUCCAAGAAGGAGAAGCGCUUCGUGAACGAUACUUUGCGCUCAGAGUUCCAUAAGAAAUUUAUGGAAAAAUAUGUGAAAUAGCUGGUCUUUUUGAGGCUGAUGGACUCUACAGGUAAGGUGGUACCUUUGUUCAUGGAACA